CCCCUCUUUUUCCUCCAUUAUAAAAUCAUUCUUCCUACAUUGGCAGGAGCAUAGCAGAGAAUUUUUCUAUGUACAGGACCAUUUGUAAUGGUUAACUUAACGAAACGGAAGCCAUUUUUACAGUAGUUUUUUUGAAUUCCACAUGCAAAUGUGUUGAUGAAGGUUUUGCACUGUUGAUUAAACCCCAUCUUCAAGCCUUUCAUUGAUUCUUUAUCGGUUUUAUUAAGGAGGGAGAAAUCUGAGCAAGACAAGACACAAAUGAAGAAUGAAGAGCAAGCCCGGUCUCUGUUUGGGAUUUCUCUCACUGACAGACCCAGAUGGCAACAGUUCCUCAUUUGCUCUUCUGGUUUUUUCUUUGGGUAUCUUGUCAAUGGCAUCUGUGAGGAAUAUGUAUACAACCGGCUCCAAUUUAGCUAUGGUUGGUACUUCACAUUUGUUCAAAUCUUUGUCUACAUUUUCCUGAUUUAUCUCCAAGGCUUUACCACCAAGCAAAUGGUGAACACAUGGAAUACUUAUUUCAAACUCUCUGCAGUUCUUAUGGGUUCCCAUGGACUCACAAAAGGGUCUUUAGCUUUUCUUAAUUACCCUGCACAGAUCAUGUUUAAAUCCACCAAGGUUCUGCCAGUGAUGGUGAUGGGGUCCUUUAUUCCAGGACUGAGGCGGAAAUAUCCAGCUCAUGAAUACUUAUCAGCACUACUUUUGGUUGUGGGGUUGAUCCUUUUCACCUUAGCAGAUGCACAAACUUCCCCUAAUUUCAGUAUCAUUGGUGUUGUGAUGAUAUCUGGUGCUUUAAUCAUGGACUCCUUUCUUGGUAAUUUACAAGAAGCUAUCUUUACCAUGAAUCCUGAAACUACACAGAUGGAGAUGUUGUUUUGUUCAAGUGUAGUGGGUUUGCCUUUCUUGAUCCCUCCCAUGAUUUUCACCGGAGAGUUAUUCAGGGCUUGGAAUUCUUGUUCUCAGCAUCCAUACGUAUAUGGGGUGCUAGUGUUCGAAGCCAUGGCGACGUUUAUUGGGCAAGUGUCUGUCCUUUCUCUGAUUGCCCUUUUUGGUGCAGCCACCACAGCCAUGGUGACGACGGCGAGGAAGGCAGUGACAUUAUUACUAUCAUAUAUGAUAUUCACGAAGCCAUUGACAGAACAGCAUGGGACUGGACUUCUAUUGAUAGGAAUGGGGAUCACAUUGAAGCUUUUGCCCGAUAACAAGCCUGCGAAGCCCAAUUUUCACAAACCUUCCUCUUCCUCUUCCUCUACUGAAGAUGUUGAAGCUCGUCAAGAAGAGAAUAGGCCAUUAGUCUAAAUUUUAUAUUACUGUUCCUGCUUGUAGUUAGAGAUUUUCUACUACUUAUGACUAGUUUCAUUUGCAUGGAUGAUACAUUUCUUAAUCAUGGAAUUUUAUAAAUUUCUUUUAAAAGC